AGUGGCUCUCCGACAGUCUCUCUGGGCAUCUCCAAGGAGCCCCGCUCCCCCGAAGGGGAGCCUCUCCGCUCACACUCUCUCUCUCUGCCUCUCACUGUCUCACUGUCUCACUCAGACACCACACAACUGCCGAAAGGCAGUACAAAAUAAGGGAAACGGGACCAAGGGGUUUUAUCCCCUACAACACACAAGCCGAUCAAGAAAAAGAAAGUUUGGUCAAGAAUCCUCUAACUAUAAAUAGCUAGUUCGUGUACACUGUCAUUCCCAACUACCUCCUUCCACUUAUAAUCAAUGGAGAAAAUCCAUGAACAUUUCUUCUCAGCAAGUCUCAACCACUUCUUCUUUUCCACUAUGAUGAUGAUGGUGGUGGUGGUGAUGGUUGUCCAUGGCCAUAGCCAUGGCCAUCCGUCGGACCAAGCGGGUCGACUCAGUGCCUUGUGGGAUUAUACGGAAAACCCGACUCAGGGAGUUGAGGUUGAUGAUCAUGACUUGAACAUGGUGUCAAAUAGCUUGAUUGGUGAUGAAGUAGGGUAUCAUGAUAAUCAAGUGGGGAAGAUGGAGGAUGAUCUAAUUCAAGGCGGGCUUCCGGGCCAGCCCUCCAGGUCGAAUUUCAAGCAAUAUGCAGGGUACGUGAGUGUUGAUGAACCCAAAGGCCGAAGUCUUUUCUAUUAUUUCGUCGAGGCUUCCCUUAAUCCUUCUUCCAAGCCACUUGUUCUUUGGCUUAAUGGAGGGCCAGGUUGUUCAUCAGUUGGGAUAGGUGCCAUGGUAGAGAUUGGGCCUUUUGGUGUGAAACCAGAUGGUAAAACGCUUUAUACAAGAAAACAUGCUUGGAACAAAGUUGCGAAUGUCUUGUUUGUGGAGUCCCCAGCAGGAGUUGGAUUCUCCUACUCCAACACUACGUCGGAUUACAACUUGUCCGGGGAUAAAAGGACAGCUCAGGAUGCAUACACCUUCCUAUUAAAUUGGUUCAGACGAUUCCCGCAGUACAAGGAUCGGGACUUCUACAUUACUGGAGAAAGUUAUGCGGGGUUCUACAUCCCAGAGCUGACAGAUACUAUUAUCAAAGGCAACAAAGAGGCAAACCCUUCCUCAAUUAUCCAACUUAAGGGGAUAAUGAUAGGAAACGGUGUAAUGAACCUCGAAACAGAUCGAAGAGGAAGAUAUGAUUACACUUGGAGCCAUGCCUUGAUCUCGGAUGAAACUCAUCGGGGUCUUAUAGAGAACUGCCUUACUUCCAGCGGCCCAAAAUGUGAUGAAAUUAGAGGGAGAAUCGGUGAUGAAAUGGGUGACAUAGAUUUAUACAACAUCUACGCCCCCCAGUGUUUGAAUUCCUCUCAAUUGUGGAAACAGUCCAAAUGCCGCGGAGGUUAUGAUCCCUGUGAGGAAGAUUAUGUUCGGACUUAUCUCAAUCUUCCUCAAGUACAGGAAGCUUUACAUGCCAACAGAACAAAACUGCCCUAUACAUGGGAAGCUUGCAGUGUUGUGCUUACUGCUUGGAAGGAUAGGCCAUCAACCGUGUUUCCAAUAUAUAGAAGGCUCAUUGCCUCUGGUGGUCUUCGGAUACUUCUUUAUAGUGGCGACGUGGAUGCAGUGGUUCCGGUGUCUAGCACUCGGUACUCCAUUGAGGCCUUAAAUCUUAAAGUUGUCAAAGCUUGGCAUCCGUGGUUGGAUGCUAUCGGAGAAGUGGCUGGAUAUGAAGUGGUUUACAACGGAUUAACAUUUGCAACAGUUCGAGGCGCUGGUCAUCAAGUCCCACAGUUUAAGCCACAGAGAGCUCUGGCCCUAUUCAAGAAGUUCCUAGCAGGACAUUAUUCUUCCUCGAAUGUGAAAUGCAAAGAGUAUUCCAAAGUUUUAGCAGCAAGUUUUUGUACAUUCACAAAGUCUACCUCCUUGCUCUCAUCAUCAAUGGGGAAGAACCAUGAACAUAUCUUCUCUGCAAAUCUCAUACACUUCUUCCUUUCCAUUAUGGUGAUGUUGAUGAUGAUGAUGGUGAUGGUCCAUGGCAUUAGCCAUGGCUAUCCAAUGGACCAAGCGGGUAGACUCAUGGCCUUGUGGGAGUAUUCUAAAAACCCAUCUCAGGGACUUGAAGUUGAUGAUCAUAACUUGAAUGUGGUGUCAAAUAGCUUGAGUGGUGGUGAUGAUGUAUAUUAUGAUCAAGUGGGAAAGAUGGAGGAUGAUCUAAUUCAAGGUGGGCUUCCAGGUCAGCCCUCCGGGUUGAAUUUCAAGCAAUAUUCAGGGUAUGUGAACGUUGAUGAAUCCAAAGGCCGAAGUCUUUUCUAUUAUUUUGUUGAGGCUUCCCUUAAUGCCUCUUCCAAGCCACUUGUUCUUUGGCUAAAUGGAGGGCCAGGUUGUUCAUCACUUGGGAUAGGUGCCAUGGUAGAGAUUGGGCCUUUUGGUGUAAACCCUGAUGGUAUAACGCUUUAUGCAAGAGAACAUACUUGGACUGAAGUUGCGAAUGUGUUGUUUGUGGAGUCCCCAGCAGGGGUUGGAUUCUCCUACUCCAACACAACAACCGAUUACAACUUUUCCGGGGAUAACUGGACAGCUCAGGAUGCAUACACCUUCCUGUUGAAUUGGUUCAGAAGAUACCCGCAGUACAAGGAUAGGGACUUCUAUAUUGCAGGAGAAAGUUAUGCAGGGUUCUACAUCCCAGAGCUUACAGAUAUCAUUAUCAAUGGUAACAAAGAGGCAGACCCUACCUCAAUGAUCCAACUUAAGGGUAUAAUGAUAGGGAAUGGGAUACUGGACCUUGAAACGGAUCGAAGAGGAAGAUACGAUUACGCUUGGAGCCAUGCCUUGAUCUCGGAUGAAACUCAUCAGGAACUUAUAGAGCACUGCCUUUCCUCCAACAGCCCAAAAUGCAACAAGACUAGAGGGAGUGUCGGCAAUGAAAUUGGUAACAUUGAUUUAUUCAACAUCUACGCCCCCCAGUGUUUGAAUUCCAAUCAAUCAUGGAAACAGCCCAAAUGCCGCGGAGGUUUUGAUCCCUGUGAAGGAAAUUAUGUUCGCACUUAUCUCAAUCUUCCUCAAGUACAGGAAGCUUUACAUGCCAAUAGAACAAAACUGCCCUACACAUGGGAAGCUUGCAGUGUCGUGCUUACUGCUUGGGAGGAUAGGCCAUCUACCAUGUUUCCAAUAUAUAGAAGGCUCUUUGCCUCUGGUGGUCUUCGGAUACUUCUUUAUAGUGGCGAUAUGGAUGCAGUUGUUCCAGUGUCUAGCACUAGAUACUCCAUCGGUGCCUUAAAUUUUACAGUGAUUAAACCUUGGCGUCCUUGGUUAGACGAUGUUGGAGAAGUGGGAGGACAUAAGGUGGUUUACGAUGUGUUGACGUUUGCAACAGUUCGAGGCGCGGGUCAUCAAGCUACACAGUCUGAGCCACUGAGAGCUCUGUCCCUGUUCAAGUAUUUCCUAGCAGGAAAUUAGUAGUAUGAGGGGGAUGCCAUACAUUUCUGAAUCUUCCUACUGCAACCAUUAUUCUUGAAGAAAUAAGAUGGAUUGCUUGCAAUUGUUCAAGAAGUGAAAGUUUGAGAUAACCGUAUCAAAAGGCCUCCCUUUUGUAGCACAGAUAAGCUUAAUUGUGUUUGGUUCAUCUUUUUAAACUUUUAUUUCAGGAAGUUUAUUUUGAAUGCAAACUUUUUGUAAA